UGCCAAACUGGGCCGCUGUGGAUUGUGGGUACGUGAAGCUGUAGUUUCUAAGGUGGGGAGACUCCGCGAGCUUAGCGGGUACCGGACCAGUUCACCACUUCACUGCGCUUUAGACUACACGAGCCUAACGGGGGUCCCGGACCAGUUCACCACGCCAAGGGCUUUAAACUACACGAGCCUAACGGGGAUAUCGGACUACGUCACUGCGCUUGAAACUCCGUGAGCCAGCGGGUACCGGACCCGUUCACUAGUUUCCAGACUGUAAAAGUUUUGUUAUGCCCCGCACGGUCAGGGGAGACUAGCUAAGACGCCAGUCCUCGAGCGACGGCCCGGCCUGCACGUGUCCAGACUCAGGAAGAGUCUCCGAGAGAAGACAUGAGUUUGAACGAGCACUCGCUGCAGGCGCUCUCGUGGAGGAAGCUGUACUUGAGCCGCGCCAAGCUGAAGGCCACGAGCCGCACCUCCGCCCUGCUGUCCGGCUUCGCCAUGGUGGCCAUGGUGGAGGUGCAGUUGGAGCGCGACUACGUCUACCCUCCCGGGCUGUUGAUUGCGUUCAGCGCCUGCACCACGGUGCUGGUGGCCGUGCACCUGUUCGCUCUGAUGAUCAGCACCUGUAUCCUGCCCAACCUGGAGGCCGUCAGCAACGUGCACAACCUCAACUCGGUCAAGGAGUCGCCACACGAGCGCAUGCACCGCCACAUCGAGCUGGCCUGGGCCUUCUCCACUGUCAUCGGCACCUUCCUGUUCCUCGCUGAGGUUCUGUUGCUUUGCUGGGUGAAAUUCCUGCCCUUGAAGAAGCCGGGUGCCACCUCUGCCCCUCCGAAGGAGGAGAAGGGCAUCAGUGCGGGUGAGGCAGCGGCCUACGCCUCCACCUUCAUCAUGGUGCCUUGUGGCCUGGUCUUCAUCGUGUUCGCCGUGCACUUCUACCGCUCGCUGGUCAGCCACAAGACGGACCGGCAGUUCCAGGAACUGGAGGAGCUGUCUAACAUCACGCGCCUCCAGAACCAGCUGGACCACCGGGCCGAGGCGCCCAACGUGCAGGCCGUCAGCGUGGCGCCCAACAUGCAGACCGCCCCCGGGUUCUUCCCGUAGGGCUCAGGGCCCAGCCCUCCUCACGCACAGGACGCUGGUCACGCCCCCCUCGCGCUACAGAACGCCCCUUCAUCAGAACGUGCCUCCCCUCCCGAUCAGAACACUUGUGCCUGUCGGGGAAGAGACCGAGCCUAUGCGUGGGGCAAUGCUCUGAACAUGAGACAAAGGGAGGACAUUCAGAACUCAGUAUUCUGAUGAAUGUUCUGUAUAUGUAAGAUUAAAAAAAAAAAAUUCUUCCAUUUUAUUUGGUAUGUUCAGACGGCAAGGCUGCAGUGUGGUUUAGUUCUAGGUUACAUGUUGCUGGUUAGCUUUAGGUGUUUUUGUGUGAACGUGCCUGUGGAUCUGUUUACAGACACGGUCUUUCACCAUCACCCCUGUGGCUGGACAAUGUCCAUUAUUCUUUAGCAAAGACCUGCUGCCAUCCUGGUGACUGGGUGAGAGAAACGCCUUCCAAGCCUGCAUGAUGGGUGGAGUGCCAUGAGAGCACUUCAUCAGUCGACUAUGUUUCCAUUGUACUGUUCCUGUUUAUACUAUAUUUUUCCAUUUCUUAUUUAGACUUAAACAGUGCAGCUAUACUGUACCAUGCAAUCAUACAGUAACACAGUCAUACAGUAAUUAAGAUGAAGCAGUAGGUGCUUCAGGCUCCAUAUUAAAGACGUCAGAGUGAUGUGUUUAGAAAGACAUCUCUUGCUCUCACUCACACACACACACACACACAAAGCUAAGGAACAGGAACAAAGUACCAACAUUCAGCCAGUGAAUGUUAUGAAAUAACUGAAAUUCAGAAGUCCCCUGCCUGCCUUACCACAGUCCUGUUUGAGGAGUGUUUUAGGUACAGUAGCCAUGUCUGUUGUAACCCUAACUGAUCCAGAUCUUCAUCUACAGAAUACACACGACACCCGGAUGUACUGUAAUGAACCGUUAACAUGUUCUGUAGUCAUAGUCCAGCUGAGAGGGUUUGACACGUUAACAACAUCCCGCAUCUUGAUCUGUAGGCAUGUGCACGUGGCUGGUUGUAGUCUGUGCAAGUUCAGGCACUGGGAAUCUUUCACCCCAUCACAGAGUAAGGAUGUGACACGUUUCAAGCACUUCUUAAAAUUCCUCAAAUAUUUUAAAAAAAUGUUUAGUUUUGUUUCUGGUUUGGCGUUCACUCUACAUCCUUGGUGAUAUUUCAGCACAUCUGUUCUGUACAUGACAUAUUAAAGUAGGAUUAGAGAGUAUAGUUUAAAAAAAUUAUGAAUAUAGAAAUGAUUAAUAAUUUUCCUUUAGUUUUAUUUAUUACUAUUAUUCUUAUUAUUAUGGAAAGCAUGUAUUUUAUGAUAUUUCCUUUGUGUAAGUUUUGCUGUUGCAUGCUGAGUUCCCUUUAAGGUGCAGAAGACUGAGCAGAGCUGUCCAGACAACACGGUCAGGAUCUGAGCUUGCAGAAAUCAAGCACCCUGUUCCAAUCAAGGUCACUUAAUGAAUGAAUGAUUUAAAACAAAAGAAUUAAAUAAUUACACAGUACAGCUUUAAGAAAAAAUAACAGUAAACAAAGUGAGACAACUGAAGUUAUGAAAGCACUGGAGCGGAAUUCUCUCUCAGCCUUUCACGCAUUUACGCCACCUGAAGGGGUCGGCCUGUUUUAGAAUAUUUCAAGGACUCUAACCUUAAAGAGAAUCAAAUGAUUGAAGAGUGAGCAAGCUUCUUUCUGACAGAUCCCAGAUCACUCCUAAGAUCUCUGAUUGCCGUUGUCAUACUUGACCCUUCUGUUGAAUGUUGCACCUCGGCUCAUUUGUUCAGGCUUUUGAUGUCGUAAAUUCAUGGUAUAUAUGUGAAUCAGUGUCUGUCUGUUUGUGCGUGUAGAUUUUUGGGCUGUUCAUUUGCUCAUAAAUCAUGUCUAAUGGGAAGAUCUGACUCUGAUCUGGACUCUGACUCUGAUCUGAAUUUACAUGGUUGCUGAUGUUUUCCUUUGCUUAUUUGCAUGUGAAAAGUGUCUCUGCCCCUAAACCCAAAUACAGUAUAUAACCUGUACAUCA